AUGUCUUCAGGCAAGGCUGGGCGGAGGAGACGGUCGAGCAGUAUCAUCUAUCAAGAGCCUCCCGAGUCCAUCGAGCGGACCAGCGACCAGGCCGCCCUCCCCAAUUUGAAUGCGAACUGGGUCAAUGCUAAGGGUGCCUGGACCAUCCAUUUCGUCUUGAUCGUGGCUCUGAAGAUCUUCUACGACAUCAUUCCCGGAGUCUCGCAAGAAACCUCCUGGACUCUUACCAACAUCAGCUACAUGUUCGGCUCUUUCAUCAUGUUUCACUGGGUGCGGGGCAUCCCUUUUGAAUUCAAUGCCGGGGCGUACGACAACCUCAACAUGUGGGAGCAGAUCGACAACGGCGACCAAUAUACUCCGACUAAGAAGUUCCUGCUCUGCGUGCCGAUCUGCCUCUUUCUCCUCAGCACGCAUUACACCCACUACGACCUGACGUAUUUCACCAUCAACUUCCUUGCCACGUUGGGGGUUGUCAUUCCGAAAUUGCCCUUCUCGCACCGUUUGCGAAUAGGGCUUUUCUCUGACAUUCCCGAGGAGUAG